AUGAAAUUCUCUGCCGCUCUCAAAGCAGCCAAGUCUGCUCAACAGGCACACUCUGCCGCCAACGACUUCCGCCAUGCCGAUAAGCGCCAAAUGGGCCGUGACGCUGGCCACUUUGCCUACACACAAGGCACCGAUAAGGGAAAGACAGUCGCCAAGACAUGGCUCAAGACAUUUGAAGUGAUUCCCCGCGUCAUCUGCCGUGGUACACAGUUCAUUCUGGCCUUGAUUGCCAUUGGCUUCUACGGCCACCGCGUGGAUGCUGAUCGCAAGGACGGCUCUGGCUUCUCCCCCGAGUGGCUAUUUGCCGUCAUCAUUGGCGGUCUAUCUGCCGUCACGUCGAUGCUGUUCCUUGCGACGGCAUCGGCGGGUAUGAUUCCCUUUGUGGGCAGCAAACUCAAGAUGCUCAAGACAUACCGUGCUUUCUGGUGGGAUGGCGUGCUUUUCGUGAGCUGGAUGGUCGUCUUUGGCAUCUUUGCCAAGAUCUUUUUGAAGCGCCAGGAUGGCGAUACGUACAAGGGUGCCGACACGCACGCCAUGAAGACGGCGAUCUGGGUGGACCUGAUCAGCGCUCUGUUUUGGAUGGUUUCAGCUGGGUACGGCUGCGGUAAGACAUUCUUGGGAAGAAAGGUCGAUGGCGUUACGGAGAAGGCUGGCAACAAAAUGUUUCAGCAGCAGCCUCAGCCUGACCCUCACGGUCAGUACAGCCAGCAGGGAUACCCUGGCUUUGCAGGAUAUCCUCAGGCUGUCUAA